AUGAUGGAAGCGAAAUGUGAUGAACUUGAAGCGUCACGAAAUGCAGCUAGAGAUGAGAUAGACGAGUUAAAAAAAUAUGAAGAACAAAAUCUGGCGAAUGGUUCGAUGCAGAAAUAUGUUAAGGAAAUCCAAGCCAUAACAUCCGAGAGAGACGAAGCGCUGAACGAAGUGCAAACACUGAGAAUGGAGAAAGAAUUCUUGAUGCAACAGUUGAAAAUGCUCAAAAAUACCGUCGAAGAGGACGAAGAAAAAUGUAAUGCAGUUUCAUGA